AUUUUCUAUAUUCAUACAUUAAACCAGACAAAAAUAAACGCCAUCAUUUUAUAAAUUUACAAAAGCGUCAACCAAGUUGUGAGCCGCGAUGCCAACAAUACCGAAACGGGAUAUAAGACCCUCGGGGGGCAGAAAUUCCGGCAUGGACUUCCUCAGCACCAGCGUUACACGGACCGAGGUUACUGAGAUGCAGAUCAAAUGGCAGGAUCAGACAUGUCCAGCACCGCCUUGCAAACAGGCCUUCUGGUGGGCUUCACAGCCGAAACCCGUCAAAAUCAAGGGCUGUCCCAAACCGGUUGUGCCGCCGCCGGAGCCGUACAAGAACGUGAUGUACGACAAACGUGUCAUAAAGGGCAGUAAUUUUGGUGCCACCUCGUUUAUCUCGGAGGUGGAUCCGUUUGACAAGGCCGCUGAGCUAAGGCGAAGGAAUAUGCUGCGCAAGCGUACCCAACAGUGUCGCAAUCAGCGCAAUGUGCUGGGGACGCCGCCGCCGGUCAAGGGGAGGAAACAUGAGACCAUACAGACAGAGAAAUACUUGGAAAAGUUGGUGCAAAGGCCGCCCGAGCUUUCAGUGGACACACAAACAGACCUCUAUUUGGAGAAGCCGCCCACUCCACUCUUCAUACCCGCGAAGGUAGGCAUUGAUGUGGGUACGGAGAUUGGAGAUGGCGAGCUAUUCCACUUCGAUGCCGAGGCUCAGCCCAUUAUUGAUGUGCUGGUCGAUGCUUGCAUUGAGCAGAGCAUGCUGGAAGUGGCGCAUGAAAUGGAACUUGAUGCUUUGCGCAAGAAGCAGGAAGAAUUCCUGGCAAGACGCGAAGCCGAGUUGGCCGAGUUGCGACGUCUGGAAGCCGAGGAGCUGCGCUUGCAGGCUGAAAAGGAGCGUCGUCUGCGACAAGACACCAUUGCCAAGGAGCUGGACCAGGAAAUGCAGAAGAGUGUGACGGCAGCGAAAUUGUUACAAGGCCACAUUGCCAGCCUCAUCCCCGAAGUGCUGGAGAAUAUUGAGCCGGCCAGCGAUGCUCUAAAGAAGGAGCAGCUUAUGAAGAACAUCUGUCCUUGGCUGUCUGCCGAAGUGGCCGAAGAAGUGGGCCAUAUUGUGGACUCGCGCGAGAUACUCACUGCCAUAAUACAGGAGAUUAUCAAACAGCGCGCUGAAAUCUACAUCGGCUAUAAGGAACAAGAGUCCGAGGCGCCCAUGGAUGUCGACAUCUGUGAAGAAGAGGGUUGUGCGAUUGACGAGAUGGAGGCCUGUCCAUGUGAAACGGAAACCGAUUUAGAGGAAUGUCCAGAGCCGCCGCCUGCGCCACCCACGCUAUGAACAUACAUAAAUAAUAUGAUUUACAUAGUUUAGUUCCAAAUACAUUUGCGUUUGAGCCAUCCAAAUACUUACAUACAUAGAUAUAAUACAACAAAAGCUUACAAAAUGGAGCGCGUGCAGCAUUGUUGUGUGUGGCAACGCACCGCUGUCGAUGUCGGCGCUAUACACAAAAAUAUUGCAGAUCCAUAGGCACAACUCGAAAUUGAUGCAAUUUUCGCAAACAAAUGUAACUAAAUAUUGUUAAUGGUUUUUGUGUUACCGAAAAUUCAAUGAAUAAACCAAAAAUUGCGCGAACAUA